AUGACUGGCAGCAACGAAACUGUUAUCUCCCAAUUCCUCCUCCUGGGCCUGCCCAUACCCCCAGAGCACCAGCACCUGUUCUAUGCCCUGUUCCUGGCCAUGUACCUCACCACUGUCCUGGGGAACCUCAUCAUCAUCAUCCUCAUUCUACUGGACUCCCAUCUCCACACACCCAUGUACUUGUUUCUCAGCAACUUGUCCUUCUCUGACCUCUGCUUCUCCUCUGUCACAAUGCCCAAAUUGCUGCAGAACAUGCAAACCCUGGACCCAUCGAUACCCUAUACAGGUUGUCUGACACAAAUAUACUUUUUAAUGUUUUUUGGAGACAUGGAGAGCUUCCUUCUUAUGGUCAUGGCCUAUGACCGCUAUGUGGCCAUCUGCUUCCCCCUUCAUUACACCAGCAUCAUGAGCCCCAAGCUCUGUGCUUGUCUGUUGCUGCCACUGUGGAUGCUGGCCACAGUCAAUGCCAUGAUGCAUACACUGCUCUUGGCUAGAUUGUCUUUUUGUGAGAACAAUGUGAUUCUCCACUUUUUCUGUGACAUAUUAGCUCUCCUGAAGCUGGCUUGCACAGACACUUACAUUAAUGAGUUAAUGAUAUUAAUCAUGAGUGGUCUCAUUGGUAUUGUACCAUUCCUACUCAUUGUUAUGUCCUAUGCAAGGAUUGUGUUUUCUAUUCUCAAGGGUCCAUCUACCCAAGGCAUCCAUAAGCUCUUCUCCACCUGUGGUUCCCACUUGUCUGUGGUUUCCCUGUUCUAUGGGACAAUUAUUGGUCUAUUCUUAUGUCCUUCAUCUAAUAACUCAACUGUGAAGGAGACUACCAUGGCUAUGAUGUACACAGUGGUGACUCCCAUGCUGAACCCCUUCAUCUACAGCCUGAGGAACAGAGACAUAAAGGGAGCCCUGAUAAGAGUUAUCUUCAAUAAGAAAAUUUCUUUGUAA